AAUAUUUGUACAUUAAUUAUUAUGUUGACAUUUAAAUUUUUGACACAAUUUAGUUUUAUUUGCAUAAAUUAUUAUAGCAUAACUUCACAACAAAAUGUGAACACCGAUGCCUUAAUAAAACAAUUGUUUGGAAAGACAUCCGAAGGACACAAUAGCUAUGCGUUUGUAUUAAAUCCUGUUUUAGCCGACAAACCACAGCUAUCAGAGUCUAACAUAGAUUCUGAUGAUUAUUAUUCACAACAAUUGGAGGCACAACUCAAAUGGAUUAAUCAUCAAAAACUAUCUGAUCUUCAAAAUUCAUCCAUUGCUGAGAAUACCACCGAUGACACACAUCUCGAACAAUACAUACAAAAAUUAGAAGACAAUGUCAAUGUCAAAGAAGAACCAAAUCAACAACAAUUGAGUGAAAACAUUACUUUUCAAAACAAUAGCAAUUAUAGUAAUGAUAACAAACUUAUAAAUAAAGACAAUAAGUUAGAUAUAAAUAGUGAUCAACAAGUUUUGCCAAAUAAUGCAGAUUAUAGUCAAUUUAAUAGUGAUAUCGAUACAAGUCUUAUUAAAAAAACUAAAAGCCCAGUCAUAUCACAAUCAUUGGCCAAAAGUAAUGCCAAUUAUAGAAAUGAAUUAAUUGAAAAUAAUAAUAACCAACAAAAUGCUAUCAAAGAUAGUAACGAAUCUAAUAUCUAUAAAUUUAAUACAAUAAAAAACAAUAAUUAUUUUAAACAAAACAAUAAUAUGGAUCAAAGUUUGGUACCAAAACUGAGCAGUCAAUGGAUACGUAUUCCCGGCAAAAAUAUUGAGCAAAGAGUUAUAGAGUUGUCGCCCGACAGCUAUGCCGUUCCCAAUGGUUUUCAUGCCAUCGGUUCUAAAGAGUUCUUUGAAAAAGAAGAGGUUAUAACUGAACGAAUGCAACCAAUUAUUGCCGAACAAAGGGUUAUUGAUUUACCGGACAAUACUUAUGUCGGAUAA